GGGUACAUUCAUGCAACCCUGAUUUUGAGGUUUUCUUUUGGGUGAUGUACUUAUAGCAUUAUCUACGCUUAUAGCGGCACAGCUGUGAUUGUCAGAAAAAGGGAGAAAAAAAAGAACUUUGAGUAAGGGAGUGCAAAAUCCAUGUACAUUUAAAGGUUUGGAAAAUUGCAGCCAAUAGAGAUCUAAAAAAGUUUAAGUGAAAAUGCACAUCGCUUUGUAAAAAGUUCUGAUUUUGAAUAUAAAAACAAUUUUAUACAAUCAGACUGGGAAUAGGGGAAUAACAUCGCAUAGUCAUCCUCGAAAUCGCGAUUAUGGAACCGUCGGCCUGUGAAGAUUUAAAAGCAUUUGAACGGAGACUCACUGAAGUUGUAUCAUCGUAUGGACCAUCGACAAUACGAUGGCGAAUAGUUCUUGCCAUUAUUUCCAUAUGCACAGCCAUAGGUGCCUAUUACUGGCUUCGAGAUCCUCGCACCUCUAUAGUGCCUCUAAUGGAGUCUUUGCUGUUGCACCCAAUAUUCACAUUUGCCACGCUCACACUAGUUAUUCUAUUUGUUUUGGGAAUUCACAGAUUGGUAUUUGCACCAAAAAUUAUCGCUACUCGGAUGCGCACCGUACUUAGUGAUUUCAACAUGAGUUGCGACGAUACGGGGAAGCUUAUUCUAAAACCUCGACCCAACAAUAAUUUGGACGGCAACGGACGUUAACCGAAGCACAUACUGAUGCAAGGUAAACAUUUAAUUGCGACACAGCUGAAUGAGCAUAUAAGGCCACAACAACACUGCUUUACCGCUCUUAUGUUAUAGACAAUUGUUAAGGAAAGCGUUCCUGCUUUUGGAAUCCUCCGUUCAGGGAAUCUGAAAAACCAAUGUAUCCAAUUUACACCUGGAGGCGUGUGCUGUAACAUUAAAUGUCGCCUCGUUAAUUUUAGAUAGUGUUUAUGAAGUACUAUUACCUGUUAAUUAUAAGGAAUAUUCAGAGACGCUUGCUCGUACGUACUACCGUAUAUUUUGAUAUUUUUAAGUUAAGCUACAUACAUUAUUUGACUGUGAGCUAUGCAGUAAUAAGGUCUAUAUUCACGUAUUUCAAAAUUAAGCUAAACACUCUAUAACUCAAAACUUUGAAAUGAAAUAUUUUUAAUGAAAUCGGAUAUAUUAAAUGCGUUUUUUUUAUAUAAUUUUGAAAUUAUUUAUUUAUUAUUCACAUGCCGUAUGAGUGAAACCAAUAAACUUUGAAAUUUACGCGAUGAUCUUACUAUAACGUUGGAAGAUACUUUUGUUUGCCUACAACAUUAUCUUUGACAGUUUCAUCUUUUGUCGUAAAUAAUUUGUAUCCCCACUUAAGAGGUUUCUUGGGGUUAUAUCUUUAGGCAUGUUUCGCGCUUUUGUAGAGCACUCUUGCUCAUCUACACAAAGUCUUAUUUCAAAUGGAACUUCGGCGUAUGUUUCGAUAAAGACAUCCACGACUGGAUGAAUUUUGAAGAUCCUUUCAGCGCAGGGGUGGCUGAGAGAAAGACUAAUAAUGUCUGUUGUUAUUGAAACAGAAGCUCCAAAACGGUUGGUCAACCUGUUAGGCAGAAUCAGAUAUUCGUCUGAAAUGUCUGAACUAGACGGGGUCGGCUAUGCCUCAGGGUUGGAAUAGUGGUCGUCGUCGUUCAACAAGUCUACUAAACGAUCCAUAUAAAAUUCGACUCUUCAUUAAACUCUCCAAAACACCGGUCAAACUCACUAUCAACUAAACUAUCGUCAUCAAAAUCGAGGACAUCUCCACUUGCCGAAUGUGCAGCCAAUCUCGUCGGUGAGCCAUCCUAAAACAAAAUAACAAAUUUGCAUAUUGGAGGUGGAUGCAACAUAUUUCCCAUUUUUCCAUAAAGUAGCCUACAAGGCACAAGCUCUACCACCUCAUACAAAAGUACCGAGAAAAUAUCAAAAAAUACAAUACAUUUCAGAUACUAAUUAUAACUGUUAUUUAAUUUUUCGAGAUUAAAAAAUUUUAUUUUUUCCGUUUUUAAAUAAGAGCUGCUCUCAAGAAUAUUUUUUUUCCUUGCCCAUAUUUUUGAUUUUUUGUGUUACGUUGCCUAAUAU